CUUGAAUUUACCUACGCAGGCGGUCGAGAUUUUCUAGAGUGGCAGAUCGCCAAUUACUUGCCUACAUUCUGAUGUGCACGAUCAACCUGCACGAACCUGCCCCCGACAUAUCCCCUCGAUUCCAUUCCUCGCCGUCGCUCGGGUAUCUUACGGGUCAAGCCGAAUCGAACGAGAGUCCGCCAUGGGUGUCGCAAAGAAGACGCGCAAGUUCGCGCAAGUCAAGCGCAUAAUAUCGCGACGCGACGCGCGGCUGAAGGAGAACCGGGAGAAGAACGCGAAGGCGGCCGCCGAAGCGAAGCCCAAGGACGGCGCCUCCAACGAGAUCGUGCGUCGCGAGGUCCCGCAGCUGCCCUCGCAGCUCUUCUUCCAGCACAACGAGGCCCUCGUGCCGCCUUACAGCGUGCUCGUCGACACGAACUUCCUGUCCCACACCGUCCAGCGCAAGCUACCGCUGCUCGAGAGCAUGAUGGACUGCCUGUACGCGAAGUGCACGCCCAUCAUCACGAGUUGCGUCAUGGCCGAGCUGGAGAAGCUGGGCCCCAAGUACCGGAUCGCCCUGCGCAUCGCGCGAGACGAGCGUUGGGAACGGCUACAGUGCGAUCAUAAGGGCGUGUAUGCUGAUGAUUGUAUCGUGGAUCGAGUCAUGAAACAUCGUAUAUACAUUGUUGCUACAAACGAUAAGGAUCUCUGUAGGCGGAUACGCAAGAUCCCCGGUGUCCCUAUCAUGAACGUAGCCCGAGGGAAAUACGUAAUUGAGAGGCUACCUGGUGCCCCGCAAUGAUUAGGAACUGAGUAGGAUACGAGAAUAUGGAUGUAUAUGCAUUUGGAGCACGCAUUCCGGCGUUUGGGCAGAGUUCUCCUAGACUUCACGGCAUAUCACAACGGCGUUUCAGGGUACCAAAAGAGAUCAUUAGUUGAGGCAAGCUACAGAUACAUUAAAAAAAAAUCUUUGUUGCUGACUAGAUGAUAGACAUGUUUUAUGAUUC